CGAAGGUUUGGCAACCGCGAUGCGUGUGAAGAGAGACGGCUAGGGUGUGGAGUAGCACCACUGAAGUGCAGCAGUCGUUCGUAUCAUUUUCCGAAUUCUUUACUGUGGCUCUGGUGAAUGACGAUUAUAGCAUGCAAUGACUUUGCACCAGUGGAUACAUCCGCUUUAGUUUAUUUGCUUGCUUUAUACAUGUUUCCGCUUUAAAUGAAUGGCAUGUGCAUUUUGCGAGGCUACUUGAUGUGCCAUCGGGAGUGAGUGGUUUUGGCAAUAUGUGUCGCUGGAAUAUGGUAUGCACUCGCAGGGCUUAUGGAAUAUAGCCUGGUUUGUCACAAUCUGUAUGCGUUCUCAUUCAGCCCGGUGAAAAAUAAACUCUUUCUGCUCGGCAUCAUGUUUUUACUCUGGGUAUAUAUGCUCUACUCCUGCGUGGGCUACUGUGCCACCAUGCCAAGUUUGGUCGUGGACAAUUACCGGGGAAAGGAGACAGGGUCUGUGGUCGGUAAAAGGAUAGAGAAUAACGGCAGAGUGGACCUCAUGUCCAGACUGCUCCCUAGACCCCAACCCUGGGUGGAUAUAGAAUCCGAUUACGACGAACCCUCUGUCCGGACCUCCUCCAGAGACUUGCUCAAUAACGAUGUAGACGCGUACAGAGGAGCGGAGGACUGGGACGAGAUGAGGGGCGAGGGGCAGAGAGCUCCUGAGCCCGGUGCGAUGUCAAGUUUCUCCAACGGAUCAGGGAGCAAGAAGCUUCCCCAGGCGAUCAUCAUCGGUGUAAAGAAAGGAGGGACGCGCGCGCUCCUCGAGUUCCUCCGCGUGCAUCCAGACAUCCGAGCUGUGGGAGCCGAACCUCACUUCUUCGACCGCAACUACGAGAAUGGACUGGAGUGGUACAGGGAGCUGAUGCCCAAGACCCUGGAGGGCCAGAUCACCAUGGAGAAGACCCCCAGCUACUUUGUGACCAGAGAGGCCCCGGCCCGGAUCUCCACCAUGUCCCGGGACACCAAGCUUAUUGUGGUGGUGCGGGACCCCGUCACCAGGGCCAUCUCUGACUACACACAGACGCUGUCUAAGAACCCCGAUAUUCCCACCUUCGAGAGCCUGACCUUCAAAAACAGGACUACGGGGCUCAUCGACACAUCCUGGAGUGCCAUCCAGAUCGGCAUCUAUGCCAAGCACCUGGACAACUGGCUGCAGUACUUCCCCAUGGGUCAGAUCCUGUUUGUGAGCGGAGAGCGUCUGAUCAGCGACCCGGCCGGAGAGCUGGGCCGGGUGCAGGACUUCCUGGGACUCAAGAGGAUCAUCACUGACAAACACUUCUACUUCAACCAGACCAAGGGCUUCCCCUGCCUCAAGAAGGCUGAGGGCAGCAGCAAGCCCCACUGCCUGGGCAAAACCAAAGGGCGGACCCACCCCAACAUCCACCCAGAGGUGGUGCAGAGGCUACGGGACUUCUACAGACCUUUCAACAUGAAGUUCUACCAGAUGACAGGACAUAACUUUGGUUGGGAUUGAUGGAUGUGAAUUUGGGAAGACACCUUGUUUUUUUUCUCUCUCUGUAAUUCAAUGAAUGGCAAAAAAAAGACAUGCGAGAUAUUGCUAUAUAUAUAUAUGUAAAAUGUACAGAAAUCUAUUUUAUAAUAAUUUAUUUUUAUUUCUAAGCAAUUAAUUCACUAAGCUGCCUAACCAUAUUGUACAUACAUAGCAUCUGGCCCACAUUCAUUUCCUCCGUUUUUUUUUUUUACAUUCCACAUUUUAUUUUGUUUCUUUAUUCUUCCCUUAAUGGUCCCUCAUGUCAACUCAGUAGAGUUGAAAUGGUCCCUCAUGUCAACUCAGUAGAGUUAAAAUGGUCCCUCAUGUCAACUCAGUAGAGUUAAAAUGGUCCCUCAUGUCAACUCAGUAGAGUUAAAAUGGUCCCUCAUGUCAACUCAGUAGAGUUAAAAUGGUCCCUCAUGUCAACUCAGUAGAGUUAAAAUGGUCCCUCAUGUCAACUCAGUAGAGUUAAAAUGGUCCCUCAUGUCAACUCAGUAGAGUUAAAAUGGUCCCUCGUGUCAACUCAGCAGAGUUAAAAUGGUCCCUCAUGUCAACUCAGCACAGUUCAAAUGGUCCCUCAUGUCAACUCAGCACAGUUAAAAUGGUCCCUCAUGUCAACUCAGCACAGUUAAAAUGGUCCCUCAUGUCAACUCAGUAGAGUUAAAAUGGUCCCUCAUGUCAACUCAGUAGAGUUAAAAUGGUCCCUCAUGUCAACUCAGCAGAGUUAAAAUGGUCCCUCAUGUCAACUCAGCAGAGUUAAAAUGGUCCCUCAUGUCAACUCAGCACAGUUAAAAUGGUCCCUCAUGUCAACUCAGUAGAGUUAAAAUGGUCCCUCAUGUCAACUCAGCAGAGUUAAAAUGGUCCCUCAUGUCAACUCAAUAGAGUUCAAAUGGUCCCUCAUGUCAACUCAGCACAGUUAAAAUGGUCCCUCAUGUCAACUCAGUAGAGUUAAAAUGGUCCCUCAUGUCAACUCAGCACAGUUCAAAUGGUCCCUCAUGUCAACUCAGUAGAGUUAAAAUGGUCCCUCAUGUCAACUCAGCAGAGUUAAAAUGGUCCCUCAUGUCAACUCAGCACAGUUCAAAUGGUCCCUCAUGUCAACUCAGUAGAGUUAAAAUGGUCCCUCAUGUCAACUCAGCACAGUUAAAAUGGUCCCUCAUGUCAACUCAGCACAGUUAAAAUGGUCCCUCAUGUCAACUCAGCACAGUUCAAAUGGUCCCUCAUGUCAACUCAGCACGGUUAAAAUGGUCCCUCAUGUCAACUCAGCACAGUUAAAAUGGUCCCUCAUGUCAACUCAGCACAGUUAAAAUGGUCCCUCAUGUCAACUCAGCAGAGUUAAAAUGGUCCCUCAUGUCAACUCAGCAGAGUUAAAAUGGUCCCUCAUGUCAACUCAGUAGAGUUAAAAUGGUCCCUCAUGUCAACUCAGUAGAAUUAAAAUGGUCCCUCAUGUCAACUCAGCACAGUUAAAAUGGUCCCUCAUGUCAACUCAGCACAGUUAAAAUGGUCCCUCAUGUCAACUCAGUAGAGUUAAAAUGGUCCCUCAUGUCAACUCAGUAGAAUUAAAAUGGUCCCUCAUGUCAACUCAGUAGAGUUAAAAUGGUCCCUCAUGUCAACUCAGUAGAGUUAAAAUGGUCCCUCAUGUCAACUCAGUAGAAUUAAAAUGGUCCCUCAUGUCAACUCAGCAGAGUUAAAAUGGUCCCUCAUGUCAACUCAGUAGAGUUAAAAUGGUCCCUCAUGUCAACUCAGUAGAAUUAAAAUGGUCCCUCAUGUCAACUCAGCAGAGUUAAAAUGGUCCCUCAUGUCAACUCAGCAGAGUUAAAAUGGUCCCUCAUGUAAACUCAGCACAGUUCAAAUGGUCCCUCAUGUCAACUCAGUAGAGUUAAAAUGGUCCCUCAUGUCAACUCAGCAGAGUUAAAAUGGUCCCUCAUGUCAACUCAGUAGAGUUAAAAUGGUCCCUCAUGUCAACUCAGUAGAAUUAAAAUGGUCCCUCAUGUCAACUCAGUAGAGUUAAAAUGGUCCCUCAUGUCAACUCAGUAGAGUUAAAAUGGUCUCUCAUGUCAACUCAGUAGAGUUAAAAUGGUCCCUCAUGUCAACUCAGUAGAAUUAAAAUGGUCCCUCAUGUCAACUCAGUAGAAUUAAAAAGCAGAUAAGUAAUAAUUGGUAACUGAAAUAAGGAGGAUAUUGAUAAAGGCACCAUUUCACAGGUAUAGUGUUCACAGAACAGUGAUGAAAAACCCAUUCAUGUGCAUUCUGAUUUAAACAUUCAUAAUCACUUUCACGUUCAAUAGCCAUAAUGAACCCCCCCCACACACACACAUUGUUCCUUGUCUAGUUACCCCUAUGAGUUUCUGUUCCAUCUAUUCAAAAUGUUGUGCUUCAUAUUGUGAGUUACCCCCAUCCACAUCCCAUUAUUCUACCGUCCCAUUGGUCAAACCAGCUGAUCUCCUGCCCUGUCAUUGGCCUAACCAGCUGAUCUGAUGUCCCUUUCAUUCAAUAACAGGUGGAUCAAUUGGCUUAAUUGCUCCUCAUUGUGUCAGACAUGGUUAAAGGGUACGUCUGGCCUCCCUCUUGUAGGGCUCCUACAGCCUGUUCUAAUGAAUCCACCAAAGGCCUAAAUCCUAUUUCUGACAGCAUCACUUUGAUAGGGCUCCAUGUUGACAUGAUGCUAAUGGAAUAACGUUACUGAGGUCCAUCGAUUCAGGUCUCCUCUACACUAUACUCUUGCUCUCAUUACAAGACACUGUUGGCUCAGAGCCAACAGUGCCAACAGUACAAAGUCCUGAGUCCCAAUUAAAUUAGCUCUGAGAGACGUUUGAUUUGUCGAAGAGACAGAGAGGGGAGGACACUCUGGGUCAUGGGAGGACUGUAGUAUUGUCCUUGAAUGCAUCCCAAUUGGCACACUCAUUCCCUAUAGAGUGCACUGCUUUUGACCAGAGCCCAGUGACCCUUGCUCAAAAGUAACGCAAUAUACAGGAAAUAGGGUGCAAUAUACAAGAAAUAGGGUGCCAUCUGGGACACAGUGCAAGCGCUUGGCCUGAGUUGAGGUAGGAGCUAGCAGUGGCCUAAACAUCUGUCUGAUACAGAGCAUAACGAUAGAGAUGAUAGAAAAACCACUGAGCGCUCUGCUUCACUGGAACACAUCAUCCUCAAACAGGAUCGUCAGGCCUCAGAUCAGAACUUGAAGUGCGUCCUAAAUGGCACCCUAUUCCCUAUAUCCCUAUAUUUUUACCAGAUGUCAAAUGACAAUACUUUUGGGCCUUUGGUCUAAAGUAGUGGACUAUGUAGGGAGUAGGGUGCCAUUUGGAGCAUACACAGAUCAAAGGGAGAGUUUCUGAAGUACUCUCUGUGGGAACGGCCUCGGGCGAAGAUACAGAACAUCACUGUUGUCAUGGUAAGACUUCAUUAUGGUAUGUCUAUGGUCUAUAUAGUUUGCCUUAUUCAACCCUUCAUCCUAACAUUGUUUCUUUCAUAGUUUCAUAUUCGAUCUCAAUUCGCUCCUACUUGUUGCCAAAAAAAUACUUUUUCAGAGUAUGGAGCUCAGAUAACAAGUUACCUAGGCUACACUCUAGCUUGAGUCACUAUCUUUUAUCUUUUGAGCUUUUCUUUUUUUUGUUCUUUGUUUUUCUCAAUGCUUCUUUGUUAUUGUUUGUCUUUCUGUCUGAAUUCUUGAUAUGCAAGAGACAGUCUGGCGUUAUCAUUCAGCGAUGUACAUGCUGGCCCAUACCCUCGCAGGUCGUGUCUACUUCAAAGUCAUACUCUGCUCUUUAGAGGAUAAGAGGGCUGAUUCUGCUUCUCAAAUGGUACCCUACACCCUAUAGUGUAUUACUUGUGACCAGGGCCCAUGGUUUUUACCUCAAACUAGUGGAUGGUAGCAUACUAUGGUAGGUGGAUGGUAGGGCUUGUCCUAACAUUGUACUGUCCCUUAUUCACAUAUAGUGGCUUUUUUCCACCAAGGAAUUGACAUUUAUUUUCAAUUAUCAUGCCUAUAUGGAUAACGCCUCAAUCUCUCCUUCUCUCCUUAUAGUGCAAUGGUUUUGAAAGCAUUUAAAAUGGUCUUUAUAUAGAGCAGGGAAACCAUGUGAAUACAAGCUAUCACAUUCUGAAUUGGAAUAAUGUUGAUCUUUCUCCCUGUAGUGGCUGGAUUAGGGGAGGCUGGGGCAGUUACCCCCUGUUACAUUUGCCUCCGGUCUCCCCUAAUGCACUUGAAUUCUGAUCUUGGUCAUGUUACUAAGAGAAAAGGGUUACGUCCUAAAUGGCACUCUAUUCCCUAUUUACUGCAGUACUUUACUUUACUUUUACUGCAGAUCCUUUAGGGAUCUGGUCAAAAGUAGUGCACUUCUAUUGGGAAUAGGGUUCCAUUUGGGACUCAUUCUAUCUUAAAAAUGUGCACUCAUGGUCAUGGUCCACGCGGCUGCAUCCAUUCUGGUUGACUUUUAUUCAAUCCUUUUAGAGCUCUACAAAUGUUAGUGAUGUUUGUCUUAUUCCCAUCCGCAUAUAAUAUGGUUAAAACCUAGACGUUUAGCAGAUUGUGUAUGUAUAAAAAAUGAACAUGUAAAUCAAGUAUUUUGUGGUAUCAUGUACAUCAAAUGAAUUAAUUUUACACAGUGAAAGAGCAAAAUGGAACAGAUGUUUCUAGAUAAUUCAAUACUGAACAUUCAUACUAUUUCUUUGUAUGAAUAAAUAAAUAAAAAAGUAUAUAUUUUA